AUGCAUGAAAAACGUAUGGGGAUAAAAUAUAAUUCUAAUGAGUUUCUAACAUUAUCAUCCAAUGUUGAUAUUCCAGUAUAUUCAAAUAUUUCUAUUCCAUAUUAUAAGAAAUAUCAAGAUCCUGCUCAAUCAUUGUCAAUAGAAAACUUAUCCACCAUACAAACAUAUGCUAAUCUUGAUACUGUACGAACUUUAUCUUGUUCUCAAAAUGAUAUUUAUUCUAAUAUUGCUGUGUUUUCAUCAAAACCAAGAGAUUUAUUCAAUGAAAAACCAUAUACAAAAUUAUUGAAUACAAUAUUAACUCCACCUGUAUCAAAUGCAAAUAUUGCAAUCAAUUCCGAACAUAAUACUAAACUUAUCUAUGAAAAUAUUAGAUCCUAUUCAACACCAUGCAUAAAUACUAUUCCUGUUUUUUCAUCAACUCAUACAUACAUUAAUCUCCAACAUCAAGAAGAUAUACAAUCAGUUUUUCCAUCAUCUUCUUUAAAAGAUGAACAAAAAGAAGAUAUUCAUUAUUCAUCUAUGUCUUCUAUUGGAAAGAAAUCAAUUGAUAAUGAGACAAAUGUAUUUGAGACAAGUUCAAAUACUAGCACUAUACAAACGGUUAAAAAACUUGAAAUCAAUAUGGCCCCGAAUUGUGGUGAUAAAAGUAUUUUAUAUCGUACAAAAAUACCCCAUCUUAUCACACAAAUUCAUCCAUCACAUCGUCAACGACGAACAUUACAUCGUCCUAAACGAAAUCGUCGACGUAGUUCAACACCUGGUCGUUUAAUUAUUAAUUCUAAUGCUCUACGACGACGACAACAACAAAAUUCAAGUAUGAAUUCUAGAACACAUCGGCGAGUAACUACAGAUGAUCGACGAAAAUGUUCAAGAAAAUCCGUAUCAAAUGAAUUAUACAAUGCCAUUCAACAAAAACCAAGCAUUUUUGAUAAUCAAUCAUUAAAUAGUGUUUAUUCCGAAAAAGAAAUAGAAGUUAUUGAAUAUCCUAUAGAAUUUCAUGGAGCAUUGCAGCAUCAUAUUUUAGCAUGGUAUCCAACUGUAAAACAUAAUGAAGAAGAAUUAAUAUCUCAAGUACUUUCUACUUCAGAUAAUGGAGAAUCAAAUCAUCAGGAUGAAAUAAUAAAUAAAGAAGAAGAAGAAGAAAAAUUUCUUCCACAUGAAACAUUCGAAGAUUUUCUUCUUCGACGUCCACCAAAAUCAUCCUGUUCAACUUCAACAAGUACUUCUAAUACUAGAAGUUCUAAAAACAAACAUAUUGAACCUCCACCAUUAAUUCGUCAUUCUUCUAGUUUAGCUUUAGGUUUAGAUAAGAAUGAUGUUGAUUUUAUUCAUGAUAUUCUUCAACGUACACAUGGUGAUCAACGUAUAUCAAAUCGUAUAACAGCACUUCGAGAAGCUUAUGUUCGAGCUGCAAUUAAACGAAAUGAUGCAUUAAAAAGUACAACGAUUGCUCAAAAUAAAAAACCAAAAUCAAAACCUAUGAAAUCUUCAUUUCUUACUUCAAAAGUUCAUGAUGAACUUGAACGUUAUGAUGAAUUACCUAUUCAUCGAAGAGCUAUUCAUAAUUAUGAUAGCGAUGAUUAUGACGAUGAUGACGAUGAUGAUGAUGAUACAUAUUCAGUAAAUGAUGAUUACCGAUUUCGUCAUCGUACAUUACCGGCAACACCAUCAACGGCAACUCGAAUAAUUAGUUUUAUUAUAACAUUAAAACGACAAUUACAAAAGAGUUUUCAAGAUUUUCGAACAAGAAUUCUUAUUGAAACAAUGGCAAUGUCACCGAAUCCUGUACCACGACACAGACAUACACUUCAUAAUCCAUCAGAUCUAUCUCAUCGACAUGUUUCACGACCAAAAACUUCACAUGAUAUGGUUCGUCAUAAUAAUAAUAGUCAUCAUCAGCAAUCUAAUAAACAUUUACAUCGUACUCAUUCGAAUACAUCUCAACUAAAUUUACAACAUCAACAUAUCCAUGAUCUUCCGUCUUCAGAACGACAUCUACCACGUAGACCACAAACAUCUCGAAGCACUCCACGACAACAACGAACGCAGAGAAAGGAUCGACCAUAA